AUGGAGAAAGAGUCAACGUUUCCUUCUUCAGCUUUGCAAUUAUUACCUCCUGGUUUCAAAUUCCAUCCCUCUGAUGAAGAACUCAUUGUUCAUUACUUGCGAAACAAAGUGAUUUCGCAUCCGCUUCCAGCGCAGUUGAUCACUGAAAUCAAUCUCUAUAAGUAUAAUCCGUGGGAGCUACCCAACAAUGCUUUGUUUGGAGAAGAUGAAUGGUAUUUCUUCAGCCCGAGGGACCGGAAGUAUCCAAAUGGGGUGAGGCCAAAUAGAGCAGCAGCUUCAGGCUAUUGGAAGGCUGCUAGCAGUGACAAGCCAAUUCUCACCUCUCGUGGAUCGAAGCGCAUCGGGGUGAAGAAGGCUUUAGUCUUUUACACUGGUCGUGCUCCAAAAGGAUUUAAAACUGAAUGGAUCAUGAACGAGUAUAGACUGCUUGACGAUACCGUUAAACCAUCAAGGUUAAAAGGGUCUAUGAGAUUGGAUGAUUGGGUACUAUGUCGAGUUCAACACAGAGGAAACAGAUCAAAGAACACAUGCAACAGUCAAGACAGCUAUAGCACAGAAUUUUGGAGGUACCCACCAAAAGUUGAGCAGACACAGCCUACAUAUGCAGAACUUCAUGCUGAUAUUAUCACCGAUUUUCCAUAUAAAGACUGCCAACUAUUAGCUUCCACACUUUCCGGUCAAGCUCCAUCUCCAACAGAAACCAAUUCAAGCGUGAGAUUUCAAGGGAGCAAAGAUAGCUAUGAAGUUCGUUCAAAUAAUAUGGUAAAAUCAACAAUAUCAAUUUCUUCUUCGGGCAUUGAUUCCAACACACUAAAAAUGAAAACUACAGAAGAAAAUAUGAAAGAAAAUCACUUUCCACUCAUCAACAAUCGAGAAAGCAAGAAAAUAGAUGAGAAUCUUCUGCCCAGCAUGAGACCGGCAGGCAACGCUAUCAACUGCUACAUCCCAAACCACUCCCAGUAUGACCUACUCAAUGCUCGUCCAACCGAUCCCACCAACUUUGAGGAGUUUAAUGAAAUGACCUUCCCAGGUACAUACUUCGAGUAA